AUGGCUCAGUCAGGUCAAGAAAGAUUUGGAAACAUGACAAGGGUCUAUUACCGAGAAGCUAUGGGUGCAUUUAUUGUCUUCGAUGUCACCAGGCCAGCUACAUUUGAAGCAGUGACAAAGUGGAAAAGUGAUUUGGACUCAAAGUUAAGUCUCCCUAAUGGCAAACCAGUUUCCGUGGUUUUGUUGGCCAACAAAUGUGACCAGGGGAAGGACGUGCUCAUGAACAAUGGCCUCAAGAUGGACCAGUUCUGCAAGGAGCACGGUUUCAUAGGAUGGUUUGAAACAUCAGCAAAGGAGAAUAUCAACAUUGAUGAAGCCUCCAGAUGCCUGGUGAAACAUAUACUUGCAAACGAGUGUGACCUAAUGGAGUCCAUUGAGCCGGACAUCGUGAAGCCCCAUCUCACGUCGCCCAAGAUUGUCAGCUGCUCCAGCUGUGCCAAAUCCUAGUAGGCUUCUUUGCUGGCAUCUGACAGAAAUAAUCCCAUUAUCUCAUGUCUCAAUUCUUACCAAUUUGAGUAAAUGUCAGGAUAGGGAUACACGUGUGGCAAGCCAAAGAUCUAUGCUGGUACCUUUCCUUUAAGAGAGAAAAAUAGCAAAUGUUCUUUUUUAUGUUUUUCCCAGCAUCAGCACAGUGUUUACAGGCUUGUUAAAUAUUUAGUCUGUUACAAAAUUCUGUCUUGUAGCCAACCACAGUUCUGCAGGGCCAGCAUUGGCCCUGUUACUUGCUUCUUGAAAUCAGCCAAGGCCUCAGGUCUUAAAGAGAAAGGGGAGAGGAGCAGACUAGCUGUCAAGUUAAGCCCUGGCUUUCACUUUGCUCCCUGGUGCCUUUGUCCAGAUUUCAAUACAUUCUUUGCUGGGCUGACAGGCCUAUUAAGUAGAAACAGUUUUUUCUCCAGAGAUGACGUCCAUUUUCAACAGACCGAAGAGUCAUCUCCUGAUUUAGCCCUUCAGAGUCAUGUACACAGGUUUCCUGUGUUUUUGUGGCUUUUAUUGUCACUCUCCAUGCCCUAAAUGUUGGCUUAACUGAAAUCUGUAUGAAAAGACCUGCCUCCCUAUGUGCCUUUCUAUUAGCUUUCUCUGACUCAAGCUGUGGGACUCUUCUGUUCAUGUAAUAUAUAUUAUAUAUAUUUCCACAAGUGGAAAAUAAAACAUUAAAAGAUGUUGUUUCCCUAUUUCUGAAAA